GAUUCUUACGGCAACACUUAUCAUCCCGGGUUUAGAGAUCAUCCCAAUUUGAGAUAUGGGAAUCCGCAAGGAAACCCACCACAAAAUAACCCUCCACAAAACCAAUUUCCUCCAAAACAACCGUACUCUAAACCCCAAGGCCAAGGCUCAACUAUGUCCACCGAAGACAUGAUCCGAGCACUCACCUCAAAUGUCUCAACCAUGCAACAAAACAUGGUUCAAUUCCAACAUGAGACAAAAUCAAGCAUCCAAAACCUUGAGAAUCAAAUGAGCCAAAUCUCAAGUGCGGUGAGUAGGCUUGAAGCCAAGGAUUCAACAAAGCUUCCAUCUCAAACGGAGCCGAAUCCGAGGCAACAAGCCCAUGCGGUGACAUUAAGGAGUGGCAAAGAGUUGGUGAUUGCCAAGGAGAAAGCCAAAAGCCACAUUGGCGAGGAAGAGGAAGAAGAGCUUGUGGAGAAAGCUCAGCCGGAGGAGGAGGAAGCUCACAUUUCAACUCCACCCCCGGUUAUUCAUGAAGUGGAAGCACCGUUUCCCGAAGCUCUAAGGGAAACAAAAAGGGUGGAGAAAGACAAGGACAUCUAUGAGACGUUCUCCAAAUGUGAGGUAAAUAUUCCUCUUCUCAACUUAAUAAAAGGUGUUCCUAGAUUUGCAAAAUUCUUUAAGGAGUUAUGCACAAUAAAAAGAAAGCAUAGACUCAAUGGGAAACAGAAAGUUCAAGUUAGUGAACGUGUCUCCGCGGUUUUUCAAAAGAAACUUCCAAAAAAAUACAAUGACCCGGGCAUGUUCACUAUACCUUGUAAGUUGGGAGGUACUACGUUUUCAAAGGCCAUGUUAGAUUUGGGGGCAUCAAUUAAUGUCAUCCCUUAUUCUUUGUACAAAUCACUUGAACUUGGCCCUUUAAACGAAACCGGAGUAGUUAUCCAACUUGCAGAUAGAUCAAACGCCUACCCUAAAGGUAUUGUCGAAGACGUACUAGUUAUGGUAGACAAUUUGAUCUUUCCCGCCGACUUUUAUGUUUUAGAAAUGGAAAAUGACAAGAAUGCGGUUCCUAUCCUUUUAGGAAGGCCAUUUUUAAAGACCGCUAGAGCUAAAAUUGAUGUUUUUAGCGGAUCUUUAACUCUGGAAUUUGAUGGAGAUAAAGUUGAAUUCAAUAUUUACGACUCCAUGAAAUACCCAAAUGAAAAUCAUUCUCUAUUUGCCAUUGAUGUUAUAGAUCCCAUUGUGCAAAAUACUUUUGAAAUGAAUGGGGAGGAUGACCUACUAAGUGUAAUUGAGAAUGACCUCGGGGAAAAUUCUUUAGAACUUGCUUUGACCCCCAAUAGGCAAGCCAUGAUGGUGGAGUUGGAUAACCACUUCCAACUUCCACUUAUGCCACCGGGGUCAAGAGCAUUCCCACUAACCAUCCCCGAGGAGAAGCCUUUGCCUUCUAUUUUGCAGGCCCCCGAAGUUGAGAUGAAACCACUCCCAACACAUUUGAAAUAUGUGUACUUGGGAGAAAAAGAAACAUUACCGGUCAUCAUCUCAAACAAACUGACCGGGGAGCAAGAAGAAAAGCUGAUUGCGGUGCUUAAAGAGCACAAACUUGCAAUCGGGUGGACUAUAGCCGACAUUAAAGGCAUUAGUCCAUCUACUUGCAUGCACCGCAUCUUGAUGGAGGAUGAAGCUAAACCAGUGCGCCAACCACAACGGAGAUUGAACCCACCUAUGAUGGAGGUGGUCAAAAAGGAGGUCAUCAAGCUUCUCCAAAUGGGGAUAAUCUUCCCCAUAUCCGAUAGCAAGUGGGUUAGUCCAACCCAAGUUGUUCCCAAGAAGACCGGAGUCACGGUGGUGGAGAACAAACAUGGAGAACUUAUGCCCACCCGAAUUCAAAAUGGAUGGAGGGUAUGUAUAGAUUACCGUCGCCUCAACGCGGUAACUAGAAAGGAUUUCUUUCCUUUACCCUUCAUUGAUCAAAUGCUUGAGAGACUUGCGGGGCAUAAAUUCUAUUGCUUCCUUGAUGGCUAUUCCGGGUACUUUCAAGUACCCAUAGCCCCUGAAGAUCAAGAGAAGACAACAUUUACUUGUCCAUUUGGCACUUUUGCCUAUCGACGUAUGCCAUUCGGACUUUGCAACGCACCCGCCACCUUCCAAAGAUGCAUGAUGAGCAUAUUCUCCGAAUAUGUUGAGCUAUUUAUGGAAGUUUUCAUGGAUGACUUCACAAUCCAUGGGGACUCAUUUGAUUCAUGCUUAUAUCAUCUCUCCCUUGUGCUCAAAAGUUGUUUAGAAUCAAACCUUGUUUUGAAUUCUGAAAAAUGCCACUUCAUGGUGGAAGAAGGAAUUGUUCUAGGCCAUGUAAUCUCAUCCAAAGGGAUAGAGGUUGACAAGGCCAAAGUUGAAGUCAUCCAAUCACUCCCUUAUCCUACCACCGUUAGGGAGAUACGAUCAUUCCUUGGACAUGCAGGUUUUUAUCGGAGAUUCAUCAAAGACUUCUCAAAGAUUGCAUCUCCUUUAUGCACACUUUUGCAAAAGGAGGUGGAAUUCAUCUUCUCCGAGGAAUGCAAGAAGGCCUUCAAUACGUUGAAGGAAAAGCUAGUAACCGCACCUAUCAUCCAAGCUCCCGAUUGGUCUCUUCCAUUUGAGAUCAUGUGUGAUGCUAGCGACUAUGCGGUCGGGGCCGUUUUGGGCCAAAAGGUGGGAAGAGCAUCUCAUGUGAUAUACUAUGCAUCCACCACUCUCAAUGAUGCCCAACGUAACUACGCCACCACCGAAAAAGAAAUGUUGGCCGUCGUCUACGCGCUUGAAAAAUUCAGGUCAUACUUACUUGGAACCAAAGUGAUCAUUUACACCGAUCAUGCGGCUCUUAGGUUCUUAAUGACAAAGAAGGAGGCCAAACCAAGGUUGAUUCGGUGGAUACUACUUUUGAGCGAAUUUGAUGUUGAGAUCAAGGAUAAGAAGGGCAUGGAGAACUUGGUGGCCGAUCACUUGAGCCGUUUAGUCCUUGAUGAAGGAAAUGAUCAUAUCAAAGAUGAUAUCCGAGGGGAAUUUCCCGAUGAGACUCUUUUUUCUCUUAAGGAAAUUCGGCCUUGGUACGCUCACAUUGUUAAUUUCCUUGUUCUAAACAGGUUUCCACCAAGCUUCUCUAAAGCUCAAAGAGAGAAGCUCCAACACGAUGCAAAACAAUACGUGUGGGAUGAACCAUACUUGUGGAAACAUUGCAAAGAUCAAGUCAUUAGGAGAUGCAUUCCCGAAACGGAGAUAACGUCCAUUCUUGCCUUUUGCCACUCACAUGCAUGUGGUGGCCACUUUGGAGGAAAGCGAACGGCCAUGAAGGUACUUGAAUGCGGUUUUUGGUGGCCAAGCUUAUUUCGAGAUGCCCAUUUCUUUUGUCAAUCUUGUGACAAUUGCCAACGCAUGGGAAACAUCUCUCGAAAACAUGAGAUGCCGCAAGUUCCUAUGCUCUAUGUAGAGAUAUUUGAUGUUUGGGGAAUAGAUUUCAUGGGACCUUUUCCUAAUUCCCACGGAAAUCUAUACAUUCUCUUGGCAGUGGACUACGUUUCAAAAUGGGUGGAAGCAAAAGCCACAAAGACCGAUGAUGCCAAAGUAGUUGCGGACUUCCUCAAAACCCGUAUCUUCUCAAGGUUUGGAGUUCCACGCAUUUUGAUAAGCGAUAGGGGCACUCAUUUCUACAACAAAACUGUGAGUGCCUUGUUAAAAAAAUAUGGCGUCACCCACAAGCUCUCCACCGCCUACCACCCACAAACAAACGGCCAAGCCGAGGUCUCGAACAGGGAGUUGAAAUCUAUACUCCAAAAGACGGUGAACCCUAACCGUAAAGAUUGGAGUCUUCGCAUGGAUGAUGCCUUGUGGGCAUAUAGAACCGCUUUCAAAACACCAAUUGGAAUGUCUCCCUAUAGACUUGUGUUCGGGAAGGCUUGCCACCUCCCGGUCGAACUCGAACAUAAGUCUUAUUGGGCGGUAAAAACAUUCAAUCUUGACAUGGAACAAGCGGGAAUACAAAGGAAGCUACAACUCCAAGAGCUAGAGGAACUUCGACUUGAGUCCUAUGAGAACGCCGCCAUCUACAAGGAAAAGACAAGGGUAUGGCAUGAUAAAAUGAUAAUGAGAAAGGACUUCCAAAUCGGAGACAAAGUCCUUCUCUUUCUCUCACGCCUUCGUCUUUUCCCCGGUAAAUUGAGGUCACGAUGGGAAGGACCAUUCGAGGUAGUCAAAGUCUACCCCCACGGAGCAGUUGAAAUAAAGAGCCUGGACACCGGCAAAAUCCUCAAGGUUAACGGACAUCAACUCAAACCGUUCCUUGAAAGUUUUUCAAAAGAAAGCGUUGAAUGCAUGGAUCUCGUCGAUCCAAUCUAUGAAGGAUGAACUAUACCAUGGCGUCGUGCCGCGACGUUAAAUUAGGCGCUUCUUGGGAGGCAACCCAAGCAAGGUAUGUUUUCUUGUCAGCUUAUUUCAUUAUGUGUGUGUUUCAAUAAAUAAAAAAUAAAAAAAUGAGCAAAAAGUGUAUGUGGGGACAUGCCCGAUCGAGUACUAUAUCAAUACUCGGUCGGGUAUGGGUAAAAAAAAAGGACCCGGUUCCCAUACUCGAUCGAGGUGCAAAUCUAUUUUCAAAAAUACAGGCAUACUCGAUCGAGUAUUGGAACAUACCCGGUCGAGUAUGCCUGGAAAAUCAACUCCAUCGGAAGCCUGCCUCUGAGGCCCGAUCGAGCACAUACCCAUACUCGAUCGAGUAUUGGUGGAAAAAUGAAAACAAAUAACCCCUGCCUCCUAUACCCGAUCGAGUACAUAUCAAUACUCGGUCGAGUAUAGGUGCAAAGACAACUUCUCUGACCCCCUGCCUCCUAUACUCGAUCGAGUAUAGGUACAUACUCGGUCGAGUAUACACCGAAAUCAGCCUUCCUGGAACCCUGCCUCCGGUACCCGAUCGGGUAUACAGGGAUACUCGAUCGGGUACCCCUGCGGAUAUAACACCAAAUUAACCCCAAAAACACUUCAUCUUCCCCAAACUCUCCCCAACUUCGAACAACCCUCCCCCAAAACUCCAUUUUUGGACCUUCUCUCUACCAUAUCUCACCCAAUCCUUCACCAAAUCAUCCCAUUUCACCACCAAAAUACCCCCCUCACUCUCCUCUCCAUAUCUAUACCCAAAAAUCCCCUUUUCCCCAAAUAUCCAACAAAUCCAAAAAAAAACCCUACCCCAUUCGAAUUUUUGCCUCUUUAAGCUCAAAAGCUUCACAUAUGGCACCAAGGAGGAAUAGGGGAGAGAGCUCAAGCACUAUAGCACCUAUCCCGGGCUUUGAAGACAUCAUUCCCGCCAACGCCGAACACCGAACUCGCCUCCUAUCGACAACAAAAAGGCAAGUAAAACCGUCCCGUUUUCUAUGCCAUGACGCACUACGUGAAUUAGGAGUGUAUAAGAUUAUGAGGAAAUUCUUUCAUCAAUUGGACAUGGACCUUGUUUUCAAUAUGAGAUACAACUCAAAUGAAAAGAUUAUUUAUGAAUUCAUGAGUUCAGUGCACUUUGAAAGUGAUGAGGCGGAUUUUAGGGAUGAUAGACUCGAGUUUCGUCUGUUUAACCGAAACUAUUUGAUAACGAAACUCGAGUUUUCCGAACAUUUUGGCAUCCCCGUCCCCUACGAAAGGUCCAUCUCCGAUAACACCAUUUUUGGGCAUUCUCUAUGGACCAAGAUGACUGGGGAAGUGGACUUUAGCUCCUCCCAAAUGUAUAUAAGUCAUGUCCAACACCCCAUCCUCCGGUUGUUUUUAAAAUUCUUGGCGAAUUGCUUGCUUGGCCGUCCCAACAACCAUCACACUAGAAUAGGGGAUGUGUGUUUGAUCUCCGUAGCUUUAUUUCGUCGUCAUGUGGACUUCAAUUUGUGCAAUCUCAUUUGGGCACACCUCAAAAAGGAAAGCGUGGCAAAAGGAGCCAUUGUAAUGGGUGGAGUAAUCAUGCACUUGGCAAGCAAGUUCGGGUAUACGGAUAACUCUCCGAUACCCGACUAUUGUUUGAUGGACAUAGGUUGGCUAGGCCGCUCGGGGUGCACCGCUUUCUCCCAUACGGUCUAUGAUGGGGAUCAACAGAAGAACAUGUAUAAUUGGAUCAUACACACCAAACCGGUCCAAUACUUUCUAAUGCCAAACAGAGACCUCCCCAAAAUAACCUAUAGACCGGAGUUCGAGGUGCCCCAUUUCCUAUUCCCUCAUGCCCUUCCACCACAUCUCCAAGAACCACAAGCCCAAGAUCUCCCAGAAGACCAACCCGACCAAGAACCUCAACCCGAGUACCAAGAACCCGAGGUUGCACAUCACUACCUUCCCGCCCCAAACCAAGCCCCCCCACCUCCCGAUUACUUCCAACAAAUGCUUGAAGGACUCAACAAAGUUACCAAUGAAGUUGGUAAAUAUCGGGAGGAACAAAGGGCGGGAUUUCAAAGACUAGAGGAGCAACGGGCCGAAGACAACCGCAGAUAUGAAGAAGAUCAACGUAGGUUUUAUGGACCUAUGUACUCUUACAUGGCUCAUCAAGGCCAAUUCCAUACCAUGGCUCACCCACCCCCACCCCCCUCUUGGUAUGACCCCACUCAAUGGGGCAACUUUGGAGGAUCGAGCUCCGGAGGUGGCGGUUUUGAUGGCGGGGAUACUCACAUGGGAGACGGCAACUUUGGAAGCGGCUUUGGAGGCGGCUUCUACGGCGGAGAAGGCGGGCACUAAGGACAGUGCUUCAGCUAAGUGUGGGGGAGGAGAUUACUCAUGGAACUCAUUUGAUCUCUUGAGGAGAACAGAAGAGAAGGCAAAGAAGAAGAGGCAAGAAGAUGGAGCAUAGAAGAUCAUAAAACCCAAGAAAGAAAGUUGUUUGUAAAAUCAUUUUCUUAUUUCUUGGUGAUCUUAGUUCAUUUCUUUCUUGAACUCAUGGAAUGGUCUUAAACUGUUUGAACAUUUGACUUUACUCGAGGACGAGUAAAGAAUUAAGUGUGGGGGAGUUGAUACGUUUGUAAUUUCCGUAUGUUUAUUUACGUUUUUAGUUAGUUUUGAUUGUUUAAUAUUUCGGAAAUUACACACUUUCGGUGUAAUAGUUUAGUUUGUUAAAUUUUUGUAAUUUGUUUAGAUUAGGUUUAUUCUGAGCUUAAACAGGUCCAAGAUCAAUCAAAUGAUCAAUGGUGAAGGAAGGUGCAAGAGUACAAGACAAAAAGAAGGAAAAAUCCUGAUUUUGGUCUAUACUCGGUCGAGUAUAUAUAUAUACUCGAUCGGGUAUCUGGUUGACAUUUCAAAUCGGAUCGGAUCCGAAAACAAAGGAACAUGCAGAGGAAGAUUUACCCACGAUCGAGUGUCUAUACCCGAUCGAGUACACCGACAUACUCGAUCGGGUAUAGUUAUAAAAUUUACUCUAAAACCGAUCGAGUAUGGGUCGAAUUCUGAUUUCUACACAUACUCGAUCGAGUAUAUGUAUAUACUCGAUCGAGUACCCGACCUACAUCUCAAAAAGCCUAUAAAUACACCUCCUUUCCUUCACAAUAGGGGCACCAAUUCACAUAUACUUCUUAGCUCAGUUUAGACAAGUUCUUUCUUUAUAUUUUUCAUCAUGUUUAGUCUCCAAAUGAGGAGCUAAACUCUUCCAUCUUGGUUUUGCUCUUUUGAAGCUUAAUGAAUUUGUAAGUUGUGAGUUAUUAUCUUUAAUCUUCUUCCUUGAAUAUUAAUUAAUUCCUAUUCAUAUUUCAUAUUAAUAUUUUGAACAUUACUUAAAGUAUCAACUAGUCUUGUUCUAUAUAUUAAUUAUUACUAGAAUCGGUCGGUUAAUACGCUUGUUAUUAAUUCGACCCUUUCACGGUAGUAAACUUGGGUUGUUAAUGCAUGCUUCUCAUGGUUAAUAAGCCAAGGGGAAUUAAUUAUAUUGAUUAAACCAAUAAACCGCUUGUGUUGAGGUUAUCAAUCUCAAUCGUUUUCAUCUUGAUUUUAUUGCUAUUAUCAAGUUAAUAUACGGCGCUUGUUCUAUAUUGACUCGGUAGUAAGUUUUUAUUAAUGAACGCUUCUCGUUAUUAAUAACUACCCUCGAUGAACUGGAUAUACUCCUCGAUUGAGUAUUCGAGAGGAAGAUAGUUAAAGAUAUAACCGGGAUCGACGAACAUUUCAUUAAGUGGAUAAAAGCAAAGCCAAGUCUUCUUCUCAUUAAUUAAACCACAUAACUCGUUCAUCUUCGUGUUUAAAUACAAUUUAAGUUCAUAUACUCAACCUAAAC